AUGAAGUGUGCUUACACUGCGUACUCCGAAUUGCUUUCGAUGAUAUUGCUAUGUACCGCCGCCAACGACCUUUUUGUAUCCCCGCAAGUGGCAAUACAGGAUUAUGCGCGACAUGCGUUGCCAAUCACCUUUGCUGUUUUCGGAUUCCGACCCAGCGCAGGCCGAGCACUCGCGUCCGAGCUACUCCGAAAUACGUUGACAGCAACCAACCCCCAUUCAUACGCCCAUUGGCAGGCUACCUACCAGGCAAUUGCGGAAACUAUGAACGUGACAGAAGUUGGAGUCCGCCGUGCGAUGGUAUGGGAUAACCGUGUCUUGCUACCUCGUGACCGUGGUGCCGCAGUUUUUCUAGACUGA